CGUGGCGUUGGCAUUUCCAGAUCGUUGUGAGCGCGCAGCGUAGGCGUUACGUCACCGAAGUCCUCCAGCUCUGGGAAGAUGCUGCUGUAUGUCUGCAAAUAAUAAAAUGUUAAAGCAAUACAAAGAAAAAUAGGCCGCUUUCCAUCCAUCACACAUCUUCUGGGAAGACGAUCGUUCCGUAUCGGAUGAAACAGAUCAGCCAUACGAGGGUCCAAUAUUUGCUCUAUUUCACCCCCUGAAAAAAUCAGAAGACUGAUCUUUGCUGGACAGAUAAAGCACACGCAUUCCUUUCGAGCACAUGUGAUGAAGUGGCCCGUUUAUUAACGCAUUCCUUCAACGUUCGUUUUUAGGAGGUUGCCCUUGCCUGAACUCCAAGCCUGCCAAAAUGUACGGAAGUUCACGCUCGGUGAGCAAAAUAGACAGUAAUCACAGCGGGGGUAGAAAUAACCAGGGCAAUUCGGGCCGCUCACCACGUCUGCCUCGGUCACCCCGUAUGGGCCACCGUCGCACCAAUAGCAUGGGGGGCAGCGGGGGAGGCCCAGGGGGCUCCGGAGGCAAAACGCUCUCCAUGGAGAACAUUCAAUCGCUCAAUGCUGCCUACGCUACAUCAGGGCCAAUGUACAUGAGUGACAACGAAGUGGCAAUCGGCACCUCAUCUGAUCUCCCCAAGGGUGGGGUGACGACGGGCCGUUUCGGUGGCAGCAUUCCUUACGGGGUCAGAGGAGCAGUGACGGGCAGCACGCCUGACAUGGCCAUGGUUCCGGCAGUGUCCACCGACUCCAUGGGCUUUGGAGGGGAGAUCCAUGCGGCAUCAACUGUUCCUCACUCCCUGCGUCAGGCGAGGGACAACACCAUCAUGGAGCUGCAAGCCCAGCUCAAGGAGGUGCUGAGGGAAAACGAGCUUCUUCGGAAGGAGAUAGAUGUUAAGGAGAGCAAACUCAACUCUUCAAUGAGCUCCAUCAAGAGCUUCUGGAGCCCGGAGCUAAAAAAGGAGCGCGCGUUGCGAAAAGACGAGGCCUCCAAGAUAGUAGUUUGGAAGGAGCAGUACCGUGCGGUGCAGGAUGAGACACAGCACCUCCAGACAACAGUGCAGGCACUGCAGGCCGAGCUGCGCAUCCAGCGUGACUUGAACCAGCUGCUGCAUCCACCCGGGGAGCCGUUGGCCUGCGAGCCCAGCGAGGAGCAAGAGAGGCAGGCGCGAGAGCUUUUCUUACUCCGCCGCACCCUGGAGGAGAUGGAGGUUCGCUUGGAGACCCAGCGACAGACGCUGGCUGCUCGUGACGAAUCGGUCAAAAAGCUCUUGGAGAUGUUGCACAGCAAAGGCCCCUCGACUAAAGCCAACGAAGAGGAUCACGAGCGAACCCGUCGCCUCGCAGAUGCCGAGAUGCACGCGCAUCACCUGGAGAACCUUCUAGAACAGCGUGAUAAAGAGUUGGCAGCUUUGAGAGAGGAGCUGCAUCGCCGUCUCGAGGGGACGCCAGAGACUAUGAAAACCAAAGCUCUUCAGACUGUAAUUGAGAUGAAGGAUUCUCAGAUCGGUUCUUUAGAGCGAGGUCUCAGAGAGCUGGAGGACCAGGUCAUGAUGCUUCGAUCCAACAGCAUGCUCAGCUGUGAAGAACGGCAAGAAGAGGCCAAGCAGAUGGAGGUGUACCGCAACCACACCAAAUUCAUGAAGAACAAGAUGGACCAAGCUAAGCAAGACCUUUCCAGGAAGGACACCCAACUCCUUGGCUUGCAGACCAAAUUGGAGACCCUGACCAACCAGUUCUCGGAUAGCAAACAGCAUAUUGAAGUGCUCAAAGAAUCCCUGACUGCCAAAGAACAGCGUGCUGCCAUAUUACAGACAGAGGUGGAUGCUCUGAGGUUACGUCUGGAAGAGAAAGAGACCACGUUAAACAAGAAAAGCAAGCAGAUCCAAGAAAUGUCAGAGGAAAAAAGCACACUGAACGGGGAAAUCCAUGAUCUGAAAGACAUGCUGGAUGUCAAGGAGCGUAAAGUCAACGUACUUCAGAAAAAAAUUGAAAACCUGCAAGAGCAGCUGAGGGAUAAAGAGAAGCAGAUGAGCAGCCUUAGAGAGCGGGUGAAAUCUCUACAGACGGACACAUCUAAUACAGACACAGCCCUCACCACACUGGAGGACUCUCUGGCUGAGAAGGAACGCAUUAUUGAGCGUCUCAAGGAGCAACGUGACCGCGAGGAGAGGGAGAAAGCAGAAGAGCUGGACAACAGUAAAAAAGAGCUGAAGGAGUUGAAGGAGAAAGUCAGCGUUCUGCAGGGAGACCUGUCAGACCGUGAGACUUCUCUGUUGGAUCUUAAAGAGCAUGCGUCAUCGCUGGCUUCAUCCGGCCUAAAGAAAGACUCCAAACUGAAGAGCCUAGAGAUCGCUCUUGAACAACGGAGGGAGGAAUGCAUCAAGCUUGACAACCAACUGAAGAAGGCCCAGAGUGCUGCAGUCAACGCACAGGCUAACUCUGAGAUAUCCGAGCGAAUUUCUUCACUGGAAUCUGAUGUGGCGAGGCACAGGGAGGACUCAGCCAAAGCUCAGGCUGAAGUCGAUCGUCUACUGGAUAUUCUUCGUCAGAUGGAGAACGAGAAGAACGACAAGGACAGGAAAAUCAGUGAGCUUGAGAGUGUGGCUUCCAGGCAACUGAAAGAGCAGACCAAGAAACCUUCUGGCAAACACAAAGAGCUGUCAGGAAAGGGCAGAAAUGUCAGCGACGGCCCGCAGCAGGAAUCCUUGCGUCAGAAGGCAGAACGCAUCGAGGAGUUGGAGGAGGCUCUGAGAGAGAGUGUUCAAAUCACUGCGGAGAGAGAGAUGGUGCUGGCACAGGAGGAAGCGGCGAGAAACCACCAGGAAAAACAGAUGGAGGAGCUUCUCGGAGCGAUGGAGAAAGUGAAGCUUGAACUUGAGUCCAUGAAGGCGAAGAUGUCAUCCACCCAACAGUCUCUGGCGGAGAAAGAAGCUCAUCUGACCACCCUGAGGGCAGAGAGAAGACGACACCUGGAAGAAGUGCUGGAGAUGAAACAGGAGGCUCUGCUUGCUGCCAUUAGCGAGAAGGAUGCUAACAUAGCCCUGUUGGAGCUGUCCUCGUCGAAAAAAAAGAAAACGCAAGAGGAAGUGGCUCAGCUGCGAAGGGAGAAAGAUCGCUUGGUGCAGCAACUCAAACAGCAGACACAGAAUCGUAUGAAGCUCAUGGCUGAUAAUUAUGACGACGGCUACUUGAAAACUCCACCCGACCAGACCAAUCACAGGCCUCCUAAAUCACCUGAUCAGAUAAGACCUGGGCGGAGAGCCGCAGUGCACAGGAGCUCUACACUGGCCACCUAAGUAUCCCGUACAUUCCCCCCUCAUCCCUUUACUUACAGAAUCAUCUCAGCCCACAUUUUAUCACAACACUUGUCCAGGACCCCACCCACAAAGACAUUAUACACAUUUUCACAGUCAGUGUGGAGCUGCAUUUAGGAUCUUUGGAUCUUCGGCACUGGGUCUAACCUCCCUCCAAAACCAAAAGUGGCCAUGACCGAACCCUCUUCGCGGUUUCUCCGCUCUCCGAACUCAACCAAAUCCAUUAAAGAGCCCCUAACAGUCUUAAUACUGGUGCAGACUUGAAAAUAUGCAGUCUUCGUCGAAUCGUGAAUGCAGUUUUUCUUUCAUUUCUUGGUAUGUUAUCAUGGUUGAGUAAAAACAGAUUUAGAAUGUUACACUGAUCAAUGGGUGGUGCUAUGUAAACAUAACUGAAUGCAGAACUGUUGUUGAACAAGAUUAAAAAAGUGUUAUGCUAAUUUAUCUGCACUUAGUAUUAAGACUAUUGGAUUCUAGAAUUUGAUAUUCUGUGUUUCUAUAGCGUUUCUCUUGCACAUAUGUCAGGUUCUGUUUUACUGGGUGCCCCGUAACCUUUACCGGACAAUGAUAGGACACCUUCAAGAGCAUGACGUAAACAUGUAUAGAUAGUGAUCGUCUAUUUGUCGCACCUGGCGUUAUGUCAGUGGACCAAAUCAGGUUCUGUAUACGUCCCUUUCUUUAACAGCUGCUACCAGGAAUAGACUUAUAAAUAUAUGAAAAUAGUUUGUUGUGCUCAUGAAGGAGUCCAACAAAGGGUGUGUGCAAGAUACAAUAAAAAAAAAAUCUUAGGAACGUACUGUUCUCGCGUCCUGAGACCAAUGUUGUUUUCGAGCAACGCUUAGACAGGAUAUUGUAAGCUCCAAGAUAUCUUCAUAUCAUCUCCUGAUAACCCGUUUCUGAGAGCUCAUUGCUGGUCUUAUGAACUCUCAUAAACAUGGAUAUCAUUGUGUCGAUCUCUCUCGAAGUGGAUUUUUUAUGUUGCAUUUGUGGCCUAUUGUCUUCGUGUAUUAAAUAAAAAGAAUUGAUAGAAAAAAAAUCGAUAGUCCACUGGGGAAAAAACUAAAGAGAAAAAAGAAAUUGAGAUCAAAUCAGACAAAAGACACGGGUAUGAGUGUUCUGACUUUGUAUAAAUGUGUAUGUAUAUAAAAAAAAAGUAUUAUCAAUGUU